AUGCUUUCUAGACACUUUCUUUGGCUUGGAGGUAUAAAAUCAACGGCAAGCGGAAAGGAGGAUACAUUCCCUCGACUAUACUUCAUACUAGGCCAACAGGUAAACAAGUCUGACUUUUGUGCAUUGUAUCUUAAAACCUCUAUAGCUCUAGAGUUCUUAUUGAAUGCAACAAAAAAAACAUGGAAGAAGUCAAGGGGCAUCAGGUCAGGGUAUCUGGGAGGGUUUAACAGGGAACCAAAACCGGAAAGUAUUUGUUUCCUGUGCUCCAAGAAAAAUGGCGAACGUAUGCUGGGUCUAAAGAAAAUUGGCUAUGGGUUUCAUGUUCUAAAUAUUUCUCAUGCAACUGCUCGACUGAUGAUACGAAUAAAUGCAUAUGAGCUCUGCGACAAGGCAAAUGUGGGUAUCAAGUUAGGCUAG